AUGGCCCGCGGCAACCAACGAGAUCUCGCCCGCGAAAAGGCAAACAAGAAGGCGGCGGCUGCGGGCAAGGGCAAAGUCAAGGAUGAUGGUUUGACGGUCACGCAGAGGAAGGAGAGGGACGCUCAGGCCAUGAGAGAGAAGCAGCUGAAGAGGGAUGCUGAGAAGGCUGCAGAGGCGGCUGCGGGUAAGAAGUAAAGGCUGUCCCUGCCCCCCUCAAUCAAUGGCAGACCUCUUGUAACAUCAUCAUCACCACCAUCAUCAUCAAAGGCGAUCAUUACUUAUCAUUAUACACAGCCCACGAGUAGCGCGAUCCGCAAACGCACCCACUCACAGUGCCCCCGCAUUCCCCCACAUAACCUCCCUUCUCCCUUUUCCCGCCUCUGCGCCCACGCUCCUCAAACAAGCCAAAUGCCGCAUCGUUGGCCUUCCGUGCGGGCAGUUCCAAGGCUGCUCAAUAGUCCCCAUAUGGCGCACGAUCCCGCGCAUCUGCCUUUUACUCAAAGCCGUCCCAAUCAUGACACUCUUCCUGCAAGCCCGAGAAGCCCACAUAGCUCUCGCCUUACUACAGCGGACGGAC